ACUUGGAUUGCAGUCAUGUAACCAGAAUGAGAAACUAGAAUCAAAACCCAGAAGCAGUUGUGGAAAAGGGUUACCAAGGUUAUGAUGAACCACAUAAACUGCUGAUUCAUAGUUAUCUGCAAGAUGAACAUCUGGCUCCUCAAUGUUAGCCUGUGUUAAUCCAGCAGCAGGGAUUCUACAAGUAGUUGGAGUGUUUACUCAUGAAAUACCUGAAUGUUAUUUUUGUUUGAAUGACAGAGGAAAAAGUAUCAUACCAAAUGAAUUCAGAUUUGAGGGUGGAGCUAGAAAUACCUUUAUUUUUCAAGAUAUAAGUAGCAGAAAAUUUUUCCUUGCACAAGACAUAUUUACAUAGAAUACUUUUUAGCUCACAAAGCUAAUUAGAAAUAUAGUUGCAAGAUACACAUUUCAAAUCAGUGAAUGUACCCAGUCAACAAAAAAUAGCUAGAAAAUGACAACCAGUACAGAAACCACAGAAAAAUACUCCAGAAUCUACUUCAGCAUUUGUUUUCCCGCGGAAAAAAAUGUGUCACAAGUUCUGGACGAGGCCCUUAUACGUUUUGGACGAUCUGAAGAAACUGUUCUGAUACAUUAUGACAAGAAUACACAUGAACUGCUUUUGUUUCCUGAUCCUGGUAUCGAUAUAAAAUCAUUAUCAUUGGCACAGCUUACAAAUAGUAACAGUUCUCAUCAUGAUAAUAGUGAGCAUCAUAUUUUGAUGGUGAUUCAUCAUGGUAUCGCAAGUUUGUCUAAAACUACAGAAACUUCAGAUUCUAAAGUGGAUUUUCUUUUAAAAGAUUUAAGUAAAGGGUUAUCUAAACGAUACAUAAAAGGUCUUAAAGAUAUGCAUACGUGUAACACACACUUAGCAUACGCUCCAGUGAUCCCGAAGCGGAAAAGAACAGGAAAUACUAUUCCAGUGCCUGCAGAACCUGAUCACCCAGCCAAGAAGCAGAAACUUGAAAAUGAUGAGAAUGUCUUGUCACUGACAGAGUACCGAAGAAUGCAAGGUUCUGCGGUGAAAAAAAUUAAAAAGCUAUAUUCUGUUAAAGGUAAAAAGCUUAGAAAAAGUGAAGCAACUGUAACUGGGCCCGCCCUUGACAACAAUGCAAGAGAUGAUAAAGCUCCUUUUAGAAAUGUUACCAAUAAGGACCCACAAAACCCAACAACAAGUGCUGCAAAACAAGAUCAACAAAAAAUGGAAGUUGAAAAGAAGAAAACAUCUUUUGUUAAACAAGUGAGAAAAGUAUGCAUUAAUCACUUAAGAAAAUUAUGCAAUAAGGUCAAGAAGAAAUAUGAUAAAAAGCUCCAAUCCAAGAAGAUUACAAAAGUCUUAAGAAAACUGACAGCUCUUCCAGAGACAAUACAACACAAUGUAACUGUUAAAGUGUUUCCUGCAAAAAGAUCUGGCAAAUCAGGACGAAAUAGAAACCAAAAUUCAUCCUCAUCACGUCCAACAAAUGGAGUUCCCAUACAGGCUAGCGAUUCAACAGAGAGGGACAGGAAUCGCCCCCUGGUGACGUCCACAACUCCUGUGUUCUCUACAGGCGGACCUGGACCUCCUACCAACCCAAUACCAACAACCAAUCUGAUGGACCUUGAUAACGAGAGGAUCUUGCGUGAUCGACUCCGAGGUGUGGGAAACACGGUCCAGGUGGCGCCUCGCUAUCCCGAGUAUGCAGAUCAGACUGUGCGGCAGCGGUCCUUUGCAAAUUGGCCGUCAUAUACGCAACAACAAGCAGCAAGGCUUAUCAUAUUUGGCUUCUACUACACUGGCCAAGCAGAUCUGGUUCGCUGUUUCCAGUGCGGUAUUGGCCUCAAGGACUGGAGUCCAGGGGAUGAGCCUCUAUUUGAGCAUGUGAGACACUCGCCUAAUUGUCCAUUCCUGCAACAACUCCUUGGUGAUGAACUCCUCGGAACUUACAGGGAUAACUUGGCAGAGGCUCAACAAAGAAAUGAAACUGCAACCUCUCAUGGUCUUAACAUCCAGGCUCCACAGACGCGAGCAAGGAUUGUGCGACACCCUGACCGGGCUACCAUGAGACAGAGAUUGGACACGUUUACUGGGUGGCCACACACCAAUGGUCAGCCCCCACAGAGACUGGCAGAGGCUGGACUCUUCUACACAGGUACAAACGACCUGUGUCGCUGUUUCACAUGUGAUGGUGGACUACAACGCUGGGACAAGGAUGACGACCCCUGGUUGGAGCAUGCGCGCUGGUUCCCUCACUGUACGUACGUACGUGAAGUGAAGGGCCAGGACUACAUUAACCUGGUGCUGGCGGCAGCAGAACAGGCUAUGAGAGAGGAUGAGGAAUCAGUUGUGAUCCAAGGACUCCAAAGCACGGAUUUACAGACAACAGACCCGAUGUCCACAUCUGAGGCCCGGUCAGUGAUAGAGAUGGGGUAUUCCAAGACAGCUGUCCAGCUGGCCAUUCAUGAGUACAAUGGAAAGAAUCCUACGAAAGGAGCGCUGAGUUUCAGUGCUGCUGAUCUGGUCCAGAUCUUGGUUGGCCGCCAGGAGCGCGGGGAGGAAAUACCACAGGACCUGCCAUCUGAGGAGCUAGGUGCCUCAGGCAGUUCACAACAGGCAGCAACUGCAGAUCCUAUAGUUGAAAACCGCCGCCUCAAACACAUACUGAAGUGUCUGAAAUGUCAAGAGAACGACUGCAACAUGCUGCUACUCCCCUGUACCCAUCACCGCCUGUGCGAGGAGUGUGCACAGAAUGUCACCCACUGUCCAGUGUGUGGUCGAAAGGUGGAGGAUAAAGUUAAAACAUUCAUGUCAUAGUUUGGGCUGACUUCAGUACAACAGUGAUAAGUCUAGCUUACAACUAGACAAACCUAGCAUCUAAUGACCAUACCAAAGAAAGCCUAUGACAGAAAAGUAAAGAUAAGAUUAUGGAAACAAAAUCUGACAAUGAAGAAUGUUAAAGAAAAAAGGUCUCAUUCUAAAGCAACAACUUCCCUGCCUUUAAGAGAGUGGUUCAAGUUUUAAGUUUUGCAAAUAUAUCAAAAUUGUGUAUUGCACUGGCUGUUGUAUGUGAUCGUUAGUAGAUAAUCUUUUGUUUAUCACUUAAUUUUAACACUUUUUGUUUUACAUUUUUCAGGUAUUUAUGGUUGAAGGUCUUUCAUAGCCAUUUUUUUACCAUCCAACACUACCAUCCAAUCUGCUGCAAUUUCAAUAGGCUUUUUUUUUGGUGUGCUUCUAAGAUACGGUCUGAAGCCCGUUUUGGAUAAGGUCACAAAUGAUUAAAUAUUGAAAUAAUGAUACUUAUUGUUACACUCGAAAAGGCUGCUAUUUCAUACAAUUCUUUUCUUAGUGCCCCCCUCCCUCCCCCCAAAAAAGCACACCAUGUUAAAAUUGUGUAAACCAAGCUUAUAAACUUAUUCAUAUCUUGAGAUGUUCGUUUUGAUAAAUUAAAAGAGGUUGUCAAUUGAAUAUUUAAUCCUUAGACCUUAAACAAUCAAAUAGGGACAGGUCGCUGUUGUACUGCCAGUUUCUGUUGCUUUUUGUUGUCACAACAUUCAUUUCUUUCUAGCAUAUGCAUUGUACAAUGAAAAUUUUCUUCUAAGUAUAUUUACUUGAUAUGUGUUUAAUCAGCAAUGUUGUGUACAUGAAGAGCACUGAAACUUUGAAUAUUUGCGCUGUCCACACGUAGUACAUUUUUCUGAAAUGUCUGUAAUGACAAUACAAUUUUGGCUCUAAUGUGCGUUUGGACGGCGCAAUAGUCAGCUCCUCCCAUCAGUGAGUUGGCUUCAUAAUACAUAAGUGUGUCAAAAAUACUGUACAAUUUAGAAUAUUGUAUGAUUUAUAUGCUAAAAAAAAAGUACAAAACACAAAAAAAAAAUAUAAAAAACAAACAAACAUUCAUUAUAUUGUAUGAUAAUAAAAAAGUAAAAAAAAAAAACAUUAAAAAAAAAAAAUAUAUAAAAAGAACAAAUUCCUUACAAGAUUAUGUACAUUUUAUCAUUCAUGCUCUAAUAUUACCUAAUGUUUAUCCUAUUUUUUAUAUCAGCCAACAUAAUAAAAAAGUCACCUUUGUUAUUCUGUUGGCUGAUAUUGUAUUCAUUUGAACUGACUUGAAGCUUGCAUCAUGCUAACUCACUGCUGGGUGUACUAUGUCGUGUUUGUUCUGUUGUUUUUUUUAAUGUAUUUUUGUAUUAUAGUUAUUGUGUUUAAAAUAACUGUUUCUGUUUGUCAUAUUGUGCAUAUUCUGCUGUAGAUGUGCUUGUUUGUGUUUGUAAUUUUACUAGUGUUACACUAGUUUUUCCUUAUUGAAGUAUAAAUAGAAUUGCAAAUUGAGCAAUAUGGUCGUUGGUAUAUGGUAUAUGGUAGCAUAUAUAAUGUUGACACAUGAUUAACUGUGUCGUUUAAUCAGAUGACUUGAAAGACUCUUAAAAGAGUUUUGCAUUUAAUUUGCUUACUGUAUUCCUUCAAAUAUAGUUUGGCAAUGGAUUGUCUAAUGGCUGUGUUGUUGUUGUUUUUUCAUGUCCCCCACCACUAUAGUGGGGGACAUAUUGUUUUUGCCCUGUCUAUUGGUUUGUUUGUGUGUUUGUUUGCGCCAACUUUAACAUUUGCAAUAACUUUUGCAAUAUUGAAGAUAGCAACUUGAUAUUUGGCAUGCAUGUGUAUCUCAUGGAGCUGCACAUUUUGAGUGGCGAAAGGUCAAGGUCAUUCUUCAAGGUCAAAGGUAAAAAAAAUAAUCCAAGGGAAGUAACAAGCUUUAAAGGGAGAUAAUUUAUAUUUAUAAUUUGGUAGGUACAGAUUAUUUAUACUAGAAAAGUAAUAUUUUUUAAAGGGAUAUAAUAAAAAAAAAAUUAAUAAAUCAAAGCGGCACAAUAGGGGGCAUUGUGUUUCUGACAAACAUCUCUUGUUUUAUAUGUGAUUAAAAAGCAAGAGAUAGUACAUUUUGUCGCUAUUGUUGUUGUUGUUUUGACGUAUGAGUAUUGUAACUACACGGACAGAUGCAUGCCAGAGUCGUUACGUCAGAUUGAUGGAUAAGCGCAUUUUUGCAGGGGAUUGUUACGAUGGAUUCCAGGUCGCGUCUGCAUCAAAACAAAAUAUUCAGCUCACAUAUAAAAAUUUGGUAUUAUAACCCGACUAACAGACUCAAUGCAGCAUAAUAAUAACAUGUAUCAAUUACCACUUGUUGCAAGGGAUUUGACUUUGCUUGGAAAUUUCUGCAAACUCAACUUUAAUUACGUAUUUUUAACUGAACUUAUAAAUUCAAGUCAGAGUUAUAACAUUUAGGGUUAGUCUCAUUUUUGUGACAGACUUCACGUUGCAUGUGAAUAUAAUUACAUUAAUGAAACAGUUGGUAUUUAAACGAAUUUUAAUGAUAUAUUUCCAUCUCAAGUACAUUAUAUCUUGAAUGUAAUUAUUACACUUCUGUACCGCACUAUUAUUUACACGCAUGUUUAUGCGUCAUGAGAUCGUGCACAUGCAGGGUGCAGAAUCAACGGGGGUUUCAGGGGUUUACACACGGGCUGGGCAGAAUGUAAUCACCCCGUUAAGAACUUCAUUUUUGCAAAUAUCUCAAGUUAUUGAACUACACUUGAAAAAAUCUAUAGUGCAUAAAAGAAAGUUUUUCUUGCAGUUUGUGCCGAUAUAUUAAGGUAUGAAAAUUAAUCAUAAAAUACAUCUGAAAUCGGUGACAAAAUUUCACCUUGCGUGAAACAUAACGGGGUGUACAAUGAAUGCAGUAAAAAUGGAAUUUUAUAACACAUCCUUAUUAUUAUUAUUAAAUAAAUAAAGUAAUUCUGAUGUAUUUCACAUUGCCAUAAGCAGCAUAAAAAUCGUUUAUGCAAUAGUUAAAAUUCUUAAGAAAACUUGUUUAAAAAAGUUAUUUAAAAUAAAUCACCACUUACCGUCGUGUAUAAAUCCAUUAAAGUUAAAAGGUGGAACCCCAAAAAGUCACGUGAUCCUGCACCAUGACAUGGCAUUAUAAUAAACUUAAGUGUGGUGGAUAGCAUGCCCACAUCCAAUAAAUUUGUAUCUGGUGUCCACUGUCAUAUUAUGUUUAAUUGUGGUUUGUUAAGAUGGAUGCAAAUAUACACCUUCAAUAUACUUAGUAGAAUUUGUUGUAAAUAAAAAAAAAGUUAUAAG